AUGGAAACUGAUCCUAUGAAUGUUACAUAAAAUCAGACAUAAACUAGGCGUCAUUAUCCUAAAGAUGUUCAAGUAACUUAAUAUCUGUUAUAAAAAGGGUUUAAAAUCUGAAUGGUACGGAAUUGAACAUCAUUUGUAAGAGAUUGGAUUAGACAUUUAGCGAAAUGAAAGAGAAAUUUUGAAUCUAAGGAAGAAGGAAUUAUUGUAUGAGAUUGUUAUUUCAUUCUUUAAGGACUGAAUUGGAUCGCAAAAUGCUUGAGUAAUUGUAGAUUAAACAGAAGGAAUUGGAGUAGAAAUAUGAAGAUGCGCAAGAAAUGAAAAGGAGACAAUUGAAAUUUUAAGAGGAACAGAGAAAAUUCUUAGAAGAUAGGGCUAUAUUGCAAAAAGGCAUCUCUUCCAUCUAUGACAAAUAAAAAUAAGAUUCCUUAAUUAGGGAAAUGGAUUUGAGACAAUAAAAGUUAGAGUGGGAAUAGUAGGCUUUGGAAGAGAAUAGAAGGAGAAUGGAAUAGGAUUUCCUAUAGAGGAGAAUGCAGAAGGAGCAAUGGGCUAAAGAACAAGAUGCAGACUUGAAACUAUCCCAGUUAAGGCAUAUGGAAGAAAGAGAGAGAUAUAGAAGUGAUUAAAUUGAAAUUCAGGAAUUAAAUAGAAGAAAUGCUGAAAAAGAAUUAAUCAAAGAGGAAAACUAUAAAAACGUAUCAAAAUCAAUCUAAAUUAAUAGUUUUACAGACUCUGUUCCCAAAAUUAAGCUUAAUUGUAGAAAAUGCAUAUUGACAAUGUUCUUCAGCCUUUGUUAGAGAGGUAAGCUCAAUUGGAGUCAUUGAUUGCGAAAAAUAUGGAUGCCUAUCAAAGAAAACUACUUCAAGAUGAAUUAGAUCGAGUAAUCAAGAGACAAGAGGAGUGUAGAUCGACACUUAAUGUGAAUAAAAAGAUUUUGGAUGAAAGAGAGUAAGGAAAGUUUCAGGAGAAGAGUGUUAAAUAGGAGUUGAAUAAAUAAAGAUUGGAAGAUGUAAUGUCUUAUGCUAUUUUAUUAGCUAUAAAAUUACAAUCAAUUCUUAGUUUAAAGGAAGGUUGAUUAAGUGGAAUAGCAAAGAUAAUACAAAGAAUAUUUGGAUCAGUAAAGAAUUGAAAAGUAACAAUUAUAUUUAAUUAUUAAAAGAGAGGAACAAAGACUGAAACAACUUAGAAUGGGAAGAUAAGAGAAAUCUAUGAAUAUGUUGGAUUUAUAGGCAUAUAAAAAUUAGGAGGCAUAAUUAAAUGCAAAGAUUAUUGGAUGGUCUCCAUAAGUUGGGUAAUUUGUCUGUUCAUUUUAUGUAGUUAAUUACCACCAAAAUAAGAUUAUUUAUUAAAAUAACAAUCUCUAGCUUAAUUAAAGUAGGAUGAGAUGAAUGCAAUUAACUAAAAUUUGAGUAAUGUUUCUCAAGUCAGUCGAGGAUAGGCUUUAAGAGGAGCAGGAUAAAAUGCAAUUCAUUAGAAUCACAAUCCAGUUACAAAUCCUAUUCCAUUUAAUAAUCAGAAUCCCUACAUAUAGAAAUAAUAUGAGUAAAUGAUUAGACCAAGACCUUAUUGA